UAGUCCAAACCCAAAACAAAUCAAAACCCAAUAUCACUUAACCCUCAUUCAUACCAAAGUUCACAGACGUAGAGUUGAUGAGUUGGGGCCUGGGAGUUCAACUCUCUAGCAACGAGACGAAUCGACGGUCGCCAUACUCAUCACCUUCUUUGCUCCUCUGUUUUCUUCAUCGCCGGAACCCAGAAUAAGCCUUAAUAUUC